UCUAUUGAGUGUUCACACGUGUUAUGGUCUAAACGUGUUGCUAUUAAAUAUUACAUUUUAAGAUAAAACCGAUUCAAAACAAGACUGUGUUUUAAGAAAGAUUUCUAUUAAGGAUUCUUGGAACUGCAUAAAGAUGAAAUCAAUAUUGGUAAUUGGCUUGUUUUUGAACUUGUUAAUGAUGAGUAAAGCUGAUUACAGCACAAGACAUGUUAGACACAGUUCCUUCCGUAACAUAUUCGAAAGGCGAGGGCAACAACAACGUCACUGGCAACCGAUAAAUUACAGAAGUUACGAGCAUAAUUAUAAAAACUACUCUCCCGGAUUUAACAACGCCAAUCGUCAAGAAGAACUUACAGCAGAAAUCAUAAACUUACUUCGUGAUUUAAAAGAUAACUUAUCAACACAAAAGCAAAGACAAAACUACCAACCAAUCUACAUACCAUAUCCUAUACCACUGUCUAUUCCUUUACACAGUUAUGGGAAACCAAAUGAUGUAACAAACAAACCGAUACCAGCGUUCCCUAGUAGAAAUAAUUUUGCUGAUGACGACAAAGAAUACAUAAGACCAAUAAUGUUGAAGCCGGUAAAGGAAGCACCGUCUACAACAACCACUCCGAGGAUAAGUGACUCUGAAAGUGCUAUUGUAUUCAAAGUUGAAAGUGAGAACGAUACGAGGGAGCCUUCAAAGUGCGAAGCUGCUAUUUUAGUUUGCUGUAGGUUCACACAGCCUGAUCAAGUAAAGACGUGCUUCUCGGAAUAUGGAUGUAGUAAAACAUAUAGUACAAAACUUGCAUGCGAGAAAAAAGCAAUACAAAUUGUUAUUCAAAGAUUUGCAGACUCUUUUGGACCAAAAUAACCUUUAAUAUUAAUGGAAACUAGAUCACGUAAUGUGAGAACAGAAAAACUAUUUUUGAUUAUUUAUGUAAAUCAAUGAGGAAAAUGCAAAUUAUCUAAGAUAAUGGAGAGGAAAAAAAUUUGGAAUAAAUGACGACAAAAACAGAAAACUGUAAAAGAUGAAGAUAAGUGUGGAUGACUAAAGUCUACCCCCUAACAUAUAGAGUAGAGGAUCCCCUCGUAGGGAUAUGUAUGAGUGCACGACGAGAUGUAUUAUAUAUUGAUGUAGGUAUAUGUAUGGCGAUACGUUAUAUUAGUUUGAAGGCGAUUGGAAAUACCCACGUUUUAUCCAACGCUUCCAUAAGAGGAAAAAUAUUCAUCGGUUGAAAUCGCUUAUCAUGUGUUAAAUAUUUAAAUAAAUUGCUGCGUAGACUUUUAAUUUCAGGUGCAAUAUAAUAAUAAGUACCGUAAUUUUAUAGCAUCGGUUAAACUUCGUCCAUUCAAUGAGGAUUUCCACUGCCGAAACACGUCAAGAAAAAUAUAUAA